GAGGUUAGUUGAUGCGUCUUCCCCCCCUUCCUUCUCUGCCUUAGCUUGCAGGGAAGUUCUACUGAGAGGAAGAGAGAGAGUUGAAGAACAUAGAAACAAUCUUUUCUUUUCUUUUCUUUUCUGAAUCCUGUGAUUCAAAUCUUGUUCUAUUGCUAAUUCCCCAGUUCCUCAAAUUCUUGCAACUGGGUCUGUUUAUUCAAUGCUUAUGGUGUUUUGUUGCUAGAAGUUGUUAGGGGCAGCAUAAACACCAUCUGGGCAGAAGAUGUCCUGGAAAAUUAAGCCCGAACAAUCUUCACGAAGCGUCGCUUCGCAGAGAUGGGUGGUUCUUCUUUGCUUGGGCAGCUUCUGUUUGGGGUUGAUCUUCACCAACAGGAUGUGGACUGUUCCAGAACCUAAAGGGAUCACUAGAACAGCGGCCUUUGAAGCCGAAAAGUUAAAGUUAGUUUCAGAAGGAUGUGAUCCAAAAUUGUUGGAUGAGAAGGAAGUUAAGCGUGUGUCAAAGGACAUUUUUGGAGAAGUCUUUAAGACUCACAAUGCUAUACAAACAUUAGAUAAGACCAUUUCAAAUUUGGAGAUGGAAUUGGCUGCUGCCAAAGCAGCUCAGGAGUCAAUACAGAACGGUUCCCCGUCGUCGGAUGAUCUAAAGAAUACUCAGUCAUCUGGGAAGAGAAGAUACUUAAUGGUUGUAGGGAUCAAUACUGCUUUUAGUAGCAGGAAACGACGAGAUUCGGUUCGUGCGACAUGGAUGCCUCAAGGUGAAAAGAGAAAGAAACUAGAGGAGGAGAAGGGGAUUAUAAUUCGCUUUGUCAUUGGCCAUAGUGCCACAUCUGGAGGUAUUCUUGACAGAGCUAUUGAAGCAGAGGACAAGAAGCAUGGAGAUUUCCUUAGACUGGACCAUGUUGAAGGCUACCUUGAAUUGUCUGCCAAGACAAAGAUUUACUUUGCUACAGCAGUUGCCUUGUGGGAUGCGGAUUUCUAUGUCAAAGUUGACGACGAUGUUCAUGUAAAUAUAGCCACACUAGGAGAAACUCUAGUCAGACAUCGAUCAAAACCACGGGUUUACAUUGGUUGCAUGAAAUCUGGUCCUGUCCUGUCACAAAAGGGAGUUCGAUACCAUGAACCCGAACACUGGAAGUUUGGAGAGUCGGGUAACAAGUAUUUCCGGCAUGCAACAGGCCAAUUGUAUGCCAUUUCAAAGGAUUUAGCAACCUACAUAUUCAUAAACCAGCAUGUUCUUCACAAGUAUGCCAAUGAAGAUGUUUCCUUAGGAUCUUGGUUUAUUGGACUUGACGUCGAGCACAUCGACGAUCGGAGACUUUGUUGUGGAACACCCCCGGAUUGUGAAUGGAAGGCACAAGCAGGCAACAUCUGCGUCGCUUCGUUCGACUGGAGCUGCAGCGGGAUAUGCAGGUCGGCGGAGAGGAUUAAGGAAGUCCACCGUCGAUGUGGAGAAGGUGAGAAUACAUUGUGGAGCGCCACCUUCUAAAACAGAGUGCUUGCUUCAUCUCCUUCCGAUCUCAGGAAGGUUUACGAGCUUGCAAGUUCGGUUUUUGUACCGUAUAGGAUUUGUAUUGUAUUAUUAUCAUAGUACAGAGAGAGAGAGAGAGAGAGGAACCAAAACAACAAAAAGAAGUAAGAACAGAGAGUAUAGCCGAAGUAGGCAGCUGAAAGAGGAAGAGAAGGGCUUAAACACCACCAUUCUUUGUGGCUUUUAGAUGACACUAAGAAUUGUAUGGUAUUCAAAGCUCAUAAUAAAUACAAUACCAACUAGACGGAAGGUUUUCCAAA